AUGGAGCUGAACAGACUGCUCCUCCUCACAUCCUUCCUCCUGCAUGUGAAAGAGGACCAUGCCAGCCCAACACGGCUAGUCUGUGACAACAGACUUAUCCAGAAAUACAUCGUGGAGGCCAAGGACAUGGAAAAGAGAGUGGGCCAGUGCCAGGCCCUGCCUCCACUCAGCUGCCCUGCAGUGCUGCCCUUGGUGGACUUCACUUUCCAGCAGUGGAAAUCCAAACCGAACGAGACCAAGCGGCGGGAGAUCCUGUGUGACCUGGCCCUGCUGGUGGGUGCUGUAGCAGCGGCCCAGGGCCAGGUGAGCAACGAGUGUGGGGCCAGGCAGCUGAGCCAGCUUUACCGACAUGCCAACUCCUUCUUCCUGCUCCUUCAGACCUUCAGCUGGGAGGCAGGACACUGGGAGCCAAGCUGCUCCCCACACUCCGUGGAGCAGAACCAGAUCACCAGCAUUUUCCUCACCUACCGGCAGCUGGUACAGGGCAAGUUGAGCUUCUUCUUCUUUGACCUGGCCAAGGUCUUGUGCAAGCAAGGACAAGGGGACAGCAGAGACCCUCCAUGCGGGGCCCGGUAUGGCCAUUCCCUGCCAGCCUCCUCUCUCAGCAAGCAGAGCCCGGUGUAG